UUCCGCGAGGAAAAGCCGCUGUCGUGCGAGAGUCAGUAUCGGGCAAUCGUUGCACGUUGAAGCGAUCAGCGUGUAGAGAGGAAGAUUGGGAAGAAAAGCGAGAGAAAGAGAAACAAGGAGAAGGAAUGAGGCUGGGAGCGGGCGCCAAGUGAGAGAGACGGAGGGAAAUUUGGUUCAGGAAGAGAGACGCGCAAGGGUGGUGACCCGUGACUUCGCAACGCGCCGGAAAAGCAGCCAGUCCGUUCGACACACGGAUUGUACCACUGCUCCGCGCGUAAUUCAGUAGCGACGGUCCGCGCUCUAGUCAGCCGUGGCAAAGUAGCUACGCUCCGCGCUCUAGUCAGACGUGCGCCCUGCGCUCUCGCACGUCGUUCUUCUGUGUGUCUCUGAUUUCGCCGACGUCGUUUCGCUUUCCAGGAUUACGUUGCAACGACGAUUAUCCCGUGACGAUCAAUCACCACAGCAGUCUUUGAGUGUGCCUGGGUGUUUUCGGAUCUGUCGAUCGCUUUUCCUAGAGUCUUAGACGAUUAAUACAGAAUCAGAACGAAAUAUCGACAAGUGAAUCUUGAUCAUAUGUGCGUAUGAGCGUAUGUGUAUGUUUAUCUGUGUGUAACAAGAUUGCGAUCGUCGCGAUAUAUAUCGGUGAAGUAUUUUUCAUUGGUGGCAACCGCGACCGACCGACCGACCGACCGACCGACCGACCGAUCGAUCGAACGUACGUACGCCAGCGCGCGUGAAUCCAGCCGAAACCAGUGAUCUCGUGACCUUGUGACACCGCCUGGGGGGAGGGAGAAAUGCACCCACUGAGAGACUGAGAGCACCCGCCUCGCGGUCGUACACCGAUCUCGACACCGUGUCGCGCGCCGCGCAUCGGCUCCUCCCAAACCGCGAGACGGUUGGCGAACAGGAUCGAGGCGGAAAGUAAGAUCCGCGCGGAGUGCGACGAGUCAUCUCGUGCAUUUCGAUCGAUGCACGUUUUAGAAAAUCGAGAUCGAUCUUGAAUUUUCCUGCGUCGCGUCUACGGGAUUUCCACCUUGAUAGCAUAACUAGUACGAUCGAUUCAGCGAGAUACUCGAGAGAAAGCCCCCGCCGGUCGUAGCAAUGAUCUUGCGAUCUUCGUUAAAUCGUCAAUUGUUGUUGCUUGCGAGGAAAUAAAUCGAUAAAUUUCUCUUUUCUUUCGCUUCUCGCCAAGAACUUACGAGAUUCAAAACGAUCAUCGAUUUUGGGAUUUCGAAAAAAAGUCAGUGGCCCCAUCCUACGCAUAAGUCAAAGUAAAAAUGUGUUUUAUUUAAAGUCCGUAUUAAAGUGAUUGAUUUAGAUAAAAAAAAAAAAUCGAAAAGAAGAGAUAUUUCUUAGGAAAAGAAGGACCAGGCGCCGAUCGGAAGAAAUCCUGCGAUCGAAGAAGCGUGCACGGCACUGAGCUUUGGCUAGCAGUUAAAAGAGGGGGCUUCGUGUUUGCCACCUCUCGCCGGUGGAAAAUCGAAGACAUAUCGAAACUACCAUGAGCGAGGGCACGCAGACCAAGAUCGUCGUGCCCGACGGUUCGCCAGCGCGUCCGCAAACUGGUGAUGGAGGCGGUGCAGGCGGAGAUGGCGAUCCUAUCGUCGGUAGCACUAAUUCCGAGAAGAAAUCAGGAUAUGAGACCAAUCUGUAUCUCUAUAGUGAGGAAAUGGAAGAUCGUCCGCGGAUCUCGACGUUGCUUAACAGUCUGGCCAACUAUAGCAACACCAUCCCUGCCGCGACCGAUCCUGACAGCAAACCGGCGCCGGCUGUGGGAGGUGGAGCGCGAAUGGGUACCCUCAUAGGUGUCUAUCUGCCAUGUAUCCAAAACAUCUUCGGCGUGAUCCUUUUUAUUCGGUUGACAUGGGUAGUCGGUACGGCCGGCGCCAUUCAAGGUUUCUUCAUCGUGCUUUGCUGCUGUUGCGUAACAAUGCUGACGGCGAUCAGUAUGAGCGCCAUCGCCACCAAUGGCGUGGUACCUGCCGGUGGCUCCUAUUUCAUGAUAUCGAGAAGCUUAGGCCCGGAAUUUGGUGGCGCGGUAGGUAUGUUGUUUUACACCGGUACUACUUUGGCUGCUGCAAUGUACAUCAUCGGUGCAGUCGAAAUCGUUCUCACUUAUAUGGCGCCGUCACUCAGCAUAUUUGGCGACUUUACGAAAGAUGCCAACAUUAUGUACAACAACUUUCGGGUAUAUGGCACUUUCUUGUUGUUAAUAAUGGGAACGAUUGUCUUCAUUGGCGUAAAGUUCGUUAACAAGUUCGCUACAGUGGCACUGGCCUGCGUCAUUUUCUCUAUCCUUGCUGUUUACGUGGGACUCUUUGUGAACUUUAACGGCAACGAAUCUCUGAAAUUGUGUAUACUCGGCAGAAGGCUGUUAAAAGACAUCAACGUUUUAAAUGAUUGUAAUAAAAACGUUAGCGGCGUUUUACAUGGCAUUUAUUGCGGUAACAGCACCCAUAGUAAAUGUGAUCCGUAUUAUGCCGAGAAUAAUGUUACUAUCGUCAACGGUAUUCGUGGCUUGGCCAGCGGCGUAUUCUUAGAAAACAUAUGGGAUAGUUUUCAAGAAGAAGGUCAGUUAAUCGCAUACGGGUCCGAUCCGAAGGACAUGGAUAUUCUGUCAAGCUCGAGCUAUAACCAAAUUCAAGUUGAUCUCACCACGACCUUUACCAUUCUCAUCGGUAUAUUUUUUCCUUCCGUAACAGGUAUCAUGGCGGGCUCUAAUCGAUCUGGUGACUUAGCUGAUGCCCAGAAAUCUAUUCCAAUUGGCACAAUCUGCGCGAUUCUGACAACUUCUACCGUCUAUCUGUCCAGCGUUCUACUCUUCGCCGGUACCGUUGAUAACUUGCUAUUACGCGACAAAUUUGGUCAAAGUAUCGGCGGUAAACUAGUAGUGGCAAACAUGGCGUGGCCGAAUCAAUGGGUGAUUCUGAUCGGUUCUUUCUUGUCCACUUUGGGCGCCGGUCUUCAAUCAUUAACGGGAGCGCCACGAUUACUGCAGGCGAUCGCUAGAGAUGGCAUCAUUCCUUUCCUGACACCGUUUGCCACCAGUUCUAGUCGAGGCGAGCCUACUCGUGCUCUGGUACUCACUGUAUUGAUCUGCCAAUGUGGUAUCCUGCUCGGCAACGUGGACUAUCUGGCACCGUUGCUGUCCAUGUUUUUCCUCAUGUGCUACGGCUUUGUAAAUCUCGCUUGCGCACUGCAGACCCUGCUGCGCACUCCCAACUGGCGGCCGCGCUUCAAAUAUUAUCAUUGGAGUUUAUCGUUCUUGGGUCUGGCACUCUGCAUUGCUAUCAUGUUCAUGACCAGUUGGUAUUACGCACUGCUAGCGAUGGGUAUGGCCGGCUGUAUUUACAAGUAUAUUGAAUACCGCGGCGCCGAAAAGGAGUGGGGUGAUGGUAUUCGUGGUCUGGCAUUAUCUGCCGCUAGAUACUCGCUGCUCAGACUUGAGGAAGGCCCGCCGCACACAAAGAAUUGGCGUCCGCAGAUCCUAAUCCUCGCCAAACUCACUGAUGAUCUAGUACCCAAGUAUCGCAAACUAUUUGCUUUUACCAGUCAGCUUAAGGCCGGCAAAGGUCUUACUAUCAGUGUCAGCUGCAUUGCCGGCGAUUACACACAGAACUCGGGCGAAGCAUUGGCAGCCAAACAGAGCUUGAAGAAGAUCGCUACAGAAGAAAAGGUUAAGGGUUUUGUCGAUGUUCUCGUAGCGAAGAAUGUUGUCGAUGGCCUAAGCUCGUUAAUACAAACCACGGGGCUAGGCGGAUUGAAACCCAAUACAGUGAUACUGGGUUGGCCGUAUGGUUGGCGGCAAUCAGAGGAAGAGAGAACCUGGCGAGUCUUCUUACAAACCGUGAGGAGCGUUGCGGCCGCUAAGAUGGCGUUACUAGUACCCAAGGGCAUAAACUUUUUCCCAGACUCCAGCGAAAAAAUAAUUGGCAAUAUCGACGUUUGGUGGAUCGUACACGAUGGCGGUCUAUUGAUGUUGCUACCGUUCUUGUUGAAACAGCAUCGUACCUGGAAAAAUUGCAAAAUGAGGAUUUUCACGGUCGCGCAAAUGGAAGAUAACUCUAUACAAAUGAAGAAAGAUCUAAAGAAGUUUCUGUAUGAUCUGAGAAUUGAAGCCGAAGUCGAAAUCGUCGAAAUGACGAAUACCGACAUUUCUGCCUACACAUACGAACGUACUCUGAUCAUGGAGCAGAGAAAUCAGAUGCUGCGCGAACUACAACUGAACAAGAAGCAGUCGCUAGGAGUGGUGCAGUCAUUGGUGGACUUCAACGAGGUACCCGCCGAGGAAAAAUUACCUCUGGUACAGGCAAUCGUGGACCACCACCAUAACGUCGACGCCAAAAUACCGACAAAGGUGAGAUUCCAGGAGCCGGGCAAUCAAAACGUGACCGAUGAUACGAAGGAGAAACUGAUGCAGGAAACCGAGUUGAACAAUAAAGAAUCGGAUGUCACCGAGAACGCGAACGAAAAAGAAGAGGCUAAGGAAAACAAUGACGAAGAGACAAAAGUUAUCGGCGGUUCGCCCAAAGUAGAGAACAAGGAAAACACAGAGAAAGAAGAGAAGGACUGUAAUGCGCAGGAGAACAAGAAUCAGAGUCCGGAAGUUAAAAAACCCACGAUUACACCCGACGAGAGCGAUGUAAGGCGUAUGCACACGUCUUUGAAGUUGAAUGAGGUAAUCCGAAAAAUGAGUAGCGAAGCUCAGCUGGUUAUUUUGAAUCUUCCUGGACCACCACGGGACACUAAGAUGGAACGUGAAUCUAACUAUAUGGAAUUCCUUGAGGUGCUUACCGAAGGUUUGGAAAGGGUACUGAUGGUGCGGGGUAGUGGACGUGAAGUAAUCACCAUCUAUUCGUGAACUAAAGUGACGAGAAUUGAUGCCGCUGUCUUGCGAAAGCAGAGCUCUAGUUUAUUUCUCAGUGACCUAAACGACAACUUCAGGAACACACUGUUCUUGUGCCAUUGUCUGCGCAGUUACUUGCGUCGCGCGCUCUGAAAAUCAUGAGAAGAGAAAUCUAUAAUCAUAAGAGAAGAGAAAUGAUAAUAAUGAUGAGGAUGAUGACGGUCGUCCGUCUAUGUCAGAAAUGGAAAACGAAGCUUUAUUGAAGCUGAUUUAUCGCGCGAACAGGGACGACCGAUUAUCGUCUGAUAACGAAACCAAAAAAGCGAUGAUACCAAAGGAUAAGAUUCUUUUAAAUGGAUUUUUGGACGCGUUUGUUUAUGUGUGAGAUAUGUACAUGUCAGGGUCGCAGCGAAGACUGUUCAGUUUUAAAUUCGACAACCUUGUCAAAUUCAGUCGAGCUCGCCGGACGACUGUAGUUGACUAUUGUAGUUGACUUGUACUAUUUAGAAAUCGCCGGAGCAAAAACUAUAGCUCAAUAACACGAGUUCUGCGUAAACAUCACUUUGAUUCAAUUCCUUUGCAACUGACAGCUAAAAUCAUGUCUAGAAUGAACGAGAGAACAAAGAUGAAAGUGGUAGAAAAAAAAAAGAGGUAAAAAAUUUGAAAAUCAAAAUUUGGUCCGAGGCUAAGGUCGAAGCAUCUACGAAACCACUGCCAGACUACUUUCUAAAUGCUUCGCGUUUAACCAAAGACGCGAAAGGCUCAUUUUUCUAUACACAUUGUCGUUAAUAGGAAAAGAAUAAGAGUAGGUACAUAUAUAAUUUUAUUGCUUGAUAGAGGUGAACUUAGAGUAGCCUAGGAUAGCGCUGACUUUUAUUAUGAUUACGUAUAUGUAUUUGAUAAUAGAGAUAGACGACGCGAGGAUGUCGCAAGUAUUAUUGCAUUUCCUCCGGGGAUUCAGGCUCCCGCUCUCUUUUCCAGUUUCGCGCGAAAAUUUUGCACACACACACAUAUAUAUGU